GGUGCUGGACUCAGGUCACCACCGUGUCCCCCGUGCCACCACACAACUCCUGGCCCCCGUGGGUGACCCCGAGAAGGUCAUCUGUGUUGGCCUCAACUACCACGACCACUGCCAGGAGCAAGGCCUGAAGGUGCCCAAGGAACCUCUGAUCUUCAGCAAGUUCCCCAGUGCCAUCACUGGCCCUUUCGAUGCCAUUGUGCACCCCCAGGAAACCAUGGAGUUGGACUGGGAGGUGGAGUUGGCUGUGGUCAUUGGGAAGAAGGGGAGAUACAUCAAGGAGGAAGAAGCUCUGGAAUAUGUGGUUGGAUUCACGGUGGCCAACGAUGUGAGCGCCAGGGAUUGGCAGAUGAGGAGGAACGGGAGGCAGUGGCUACUGGGGAAGAGUUUUGACACCUUCUGUCAGGGCCCUGCCAUUGUCACCAAGGAUGGGGUGGAAG